GCUUCAGAAUGAUAGGACUGGGUCGCCGGCUGGGCAGCAGGAUGCUCCUCUGCCUCUUCUCACUCCCCAGGGCUGUGCCCCAUCGGGUAAGCAACUCCCUGGGUGUGAGGGGAACUGGCGUCCACCACAGGACAGGUCCUGGCCGUGCCCAGGGCAGUGGUCUGAGAACUAGUCACUUGCGCAGUUGUUAAAUGUGGGCUCCUGGGCCCCUUCCCAGACCUCUCAACACACUCUAAGCCCGGGGCAUGGGAAUUCAGUGCUCUUCAGGUGAUUUUUAAAAAUAGGUCAGCUUUAUUGCUAUAUAAUACACAAACCACAGAAUUCACCAAUUUAAUGUGUACAAUUCAACACUUUUUAGCAUAUUCAAAACCAUCAUCCUAAUCAAUUUUAGAACAUCUCCAUCACCUUAGCAGUCACUUCUCAUCACCGCCCGCCCCCACGCCCCCAGCCCCAGGUAACCACUAAUCUACUUUCUGUCCUAAUAUGUGGUCUUGUAUCUGGCGUCUUUCACUUACGUAAGGUUUUCAAGGUUCACCUAUAUCGCAGUAUGCAUCAGUGCUCAUUCCUUUUUAUUGCAAAUAAGAUUCCAUCAUAUGGAUAUGCCACAUUUUAUUUACCCAUCAGCAGCUGAAAAACAUUUAGGCUGUUUCCACUUUUGAUGAUUAUGAAUAAUACUGCUACCGACAUUGCCGUUCAAGAUUUUAUGUGGACAGGCUUUCAUUUCUCUGCUCUCCAGCUGACUGUGACACACACCAAACAUGGUGGUGGGUGGUGCCCAGCACGUAGGUGCCAGCUCAGACACUGCCCAGCUCCUCUUGGAGGUGAGAGAAGCCUCACACUGUCUGGUUGGGUCACUGACUGGCCUCACCUUUUCCAGAGUGUUCUCAGCCCUCAAGGUCGCUCACCAACCCUCCAACCUUUAUCUAAGCUGGCUCAGGACCAGCAGGCAGGGAGGAAGGAGCGGCAAGACCGGCUACCUCUACCUGGCAGCCAGCCAAGCAUCACGGUGGCUUACCUUGCAGGAGGUGGGUCCCACCAUGGUGGGCGACGAGUACUCCGAUCCAGAGCUGAUGGAGCAUUUGGGGGCCUCAAAAAGAGGCGUCCUGGGAAACAACUUCUACGAGUACUACGUCAGUGACCCUCCUCGAAUAGUCCUGGACAAGCUGGAACGCAGGGGCUUCCGUGUGCUGAGCAUGACAGGGGUGGGCCAGACGCUGGUGUGGUGCCUGCACAAGGAGUGACCCUCACUGUGAGGUGCGGACAGGGCACCCCUUCUCUGAGUGGUUGCCUAUGGGUCCCGAUCCCAAGCCCCGCCUCACUCACUCCCCUGCCCCUCUUCCCAAAUUGUCAUUUCCCUUGGACCAGCACCACUGGGCAGUGAAUGGCCUCUGAAACCUGCUCCCAGCUGCCCCUCCACCUUCCAGCUGGUGAGGGUUCCGGAGGAGUCCAUGUUCAUGGGCAGGCUGAGGGGCUGGCAAGAGCCAGGCUGCCUUUGUCAGGAGCACUGGCCCUGGGACUGGGGGGUGGGUCCUGUGCAGCUAGUCUAAGCCAAUAAAGGGCUGUGAUGAUUGGUUGAUUCUAA